UCCUUAGUCCUAUGAAAAAAUAAGAAUAUUUAUAUUUUGUUGUUGCCUUGUAGAGAAAGAGCUAGAAGGGAAUCCUGCUAAAAUGAGGGAGUAUGUGAUGAGCAAGGUCGGAAUCAUACCUGAUAAAGUAAGACAUGUCAUUGAAAGCACAGAAACGGAUGCCAUUCUAUCAUCUCCAUUAAGAUAUAGGCGUCCUUGGGAGCUUCUAUGGGGCAACAUUAGCAAAGGCAAUGUUUGUGUGGCCGGUGACGCCCUCCAUCCCACGACGCCAGACCUUGGCCAAGGCGGCUGUGCUGCGCUAGAAGACGGUGUCGUCUUAGCCAGGUGUCUCGGCGAGGCCUUGUUGAAAAGCAAAGGCCAGAAAGGGAAAGCUAAAGGUGAAGAAGGAGAAGAGGAAUACAAGAACGUCGAAAAGGGGUUGAAGAAGUAUGCAAGUGAGAGGAGAUGGAGGAGCUUUGACCUCAUUGCUACCGCCUAUGUUGUUGGUUUUAUACAAGAGAGUAAUGGGAAAGUUAUAAGCUUUUUGAGGGACAAAUUUUUGGCUCCCAUAAUGGCUGGUUUGCUGCUGAAGAAGGCUGAUUUUGAUUGUGGGAAGCUCAACAUUCCUUAGAUUCAACUUCAUGUAUCAAAACGUGCUCUCUAGAGAUGUACGGUAGGAAAUCAAUUCCCAUUUCCAAGUUAAAUCUUCUUUUUUUCCGUACUCAUUGAUAAAGAGACAGGUUUUACAUAGGUGUUUGUCAAUUUAUAACCACACGUUGAUAAAAGAGCACGUUUUCAAGUGCUAAGUUUAAGAGGACGUUUGGUUUAUGUAUUCAGAAUCAUGAUUCAUAACCAUUCUCGUUUU